UUUCCUGAAAGAAAGAAAAGAGCAACAGGCUCAUUCGACAGCAGCGAUAUAGCUCAGCCGCUCGCAUCACGUGGACAACAGGGUAGCUUUGUUUUUCUUGCACCUUCAGAACAUGAUGCUAUUUCUGUCCACGGCACUUCCAUAGAUCUCAGCCAACUGACUUUGACUGAAACGACAUGUCUCUACCCAAGCGGACGAGAAUCAGGACUUUUGCUCUGCUGUUUUGUGUCAUUACUUUUACAACGUUCCUGUUUAGCUACACUUUCCGGGACCCAUCAGUCUACUUCAAAUACGCCUUUCGCCUGUCGGACAACUUUUUCUCCAAAGGGCCGUGUGCCUGUCGACAUUGCAUGACGCAGCUGGAGGACGACCCCUGGUUCGCUGAGCACUUCAAUCAGUCCAUCCACCCUCUGAUGACCAGAGAGAACAGCGUCCUCUCUGAUGAAACCUUCAAAUGGUGGCAGUGGUUGCAGUCAGAGAGUCAGCCGGCCAACUACAGCGAGGUGGUGGAGGAGCUGUUCCAAUUCAUCCCUGAUGAGGUGCUCUACAUGGAUGCCAGCCCCGAGCGCUGCAGGACCUGCUCUGUCGUGGGGAACUCUGGGAACCUGAAGGGGUCCCGGUACGGCAGCCUCAUCGACUCCAGCGAGUUCAUCAUCAGAAUGAACCAGGCUCCCACCAGUGGCUUCGAGGAGGAUGUGGGAACCAGAUCAACUCAUCAUGUCAUGUAUCCAGAGAGCGCCAUAGACCUGGACAACAACACCAGUCUAGUCCUGAUCCCUUUCAAGACUCUGGAUCUGCAGUGGAUCAUCAGUGCCCUCACCACAGGCACUAUCAAAUACACCUAUAGGCCUGUCGUGCCCAGGAUUAAAGCCAAUAAAGAUAAGGUGUUAAUUUACAGUCCCACAUUUUUCAAAUAUGUCUACGAGUCUUGGCUCGAGGGUCACGGGCGAUACCCUUCGACCGGCUUCCUCAGCUUACUGCUCGCCCUCCACAUAUGUGAUAAGGUCAGUGUGUUUGGAUUUGGAGCUGACCAGUACGGAAACUGGCACCACUAUUGGGAGGACAACCACUUAGCAGGAGCUUUCAGAGACACGGUGGUCCACGACGGAGAUUACGAAUAUAACGUCACCUUGCUGCUGGCAGACAAGCACAAAAUCCAAAUGUUUAAAGGCAGAUGAUACCAACCCUGUUAUGUGUAGUGAGACGAACCUCACACACUCACAGACAGGCUUUAAAUGAUGAUUUUUCCUUUCACCGCACGGUGAAAGAACAUUUCAAUGAUUUCCAAAGACAUUGUCAAACGAACUCGUCUCGACUCUACAGCUCUCUGUUGCUCGCUGAAGCUACUGUUUGAGAAAUGUCUCUCCUAUUGACAAACCCACAGUUUCUCUUUGUUCCUAGAAAAAGCCUUGACACAAUGUCAAGACAAGACUUAAGCAACACUGCCACUUGUUUCAUAUUACAUACAAUCGCUUUGCAACAUGCCUCAGUGUGAUUGUCCUCCCCCUCUCUGCCUGCCACUCAGCUUUCACAUCAGUAGUGUUAUUCUAUGCCCGAGUACACAACUGCACAACCGCACACAACUGUUACAGUAGGUUGUGUUGUGCAGCUAGUUGGUUUGUGUUCCACUCCAACCAUAGACUGUGUAUAAAGAUGGGAGUCAUGAAAGUAAGGCCAAAGCAUCUCGAUCGCCACCUGAUGGCUGGCUGCAGUAUGAGUCAUAAAUCCUGCCUCCUCCAUGUAACUGGAUGAGACAUGGGGCCAAACUAAAUAGCCAAAGUGCACGUGAUGGUUUCUGUCAUUUUAGGUAGUUAUUAU